AUGGCGUGUAUGUUCCUGUCUGUUUUAGUGCUGGCUUUGAUUGACUGCAGUUUAGCUGCUCUCGACAACAAGGGUACUGAGUUCAUCCUGACCUUUCCGGAAAACCUCCAGAGACAACAUCACGACCCAAGACUGUUCUUCUCCUGCCCGCAUCCGAGCGGGGCCGAUGUCACCGUCACUCUUCCGUCUAGUGGCCACCGCGAAAGAGUUCGGGUGAGGCAUGGGCAAGUGAAGAAGGUAGAACUGGACCGUGUGGAGGUAGAACUCCGAGGCAGCCAAAAGAGUGACGACUACAAGGCCGUUCACAUCACGUCCGAUGUGGAGAUCGUGGUGUACGGAGUGUUCGCCGAGCAUGCCUCGUCUGACGCCUACCUGGCCCUCCCCACAGACGGCCUUGGGACGGAGUACUUCGUCUCCUGUUCAAGCAUCGUACAGUUCGGAGUGGCCGGUGUCCAUGACGAAACGACCGUCACCAUUGUCCCCAGCCAAGCCGUGACGUUUGACGGACAAAACUACGCCGCAGGACAGAAGUUCUCCGUGCGACUGGACCGGUUUGAAACACUUCAGGUACAGACGGCUGAGGACCUGACCGGCUCAAAGAUCACGGCUACCCACCCAGUGGCCGUGCUGAGCGGGAACGUGUUCGCCAUCUGCCGGCCUAUGGAUGAAAGACAGACUGGAUCAGGAGACUUCAUCGUGGAGAUGAUCCCGCCCGUGGACACCUGGGGGAAGGAGUUCGUCACCGUGCCGCUCGCGAUGCACACAGGCGGCGAUCUGUUCCGAGUAGUUGCUGCCAGAGACAACACACAGGUCGAUGUCACCAAUGAGAACACGAUGACCCUCAACGCUGGGGAAUUCUGGGAGAUUGAUGUUCCAUCGGACGAGUACAGACACGUGACCUCCAGUGAGCCUGUCUUGUUGGUGCAGUACAGUAAGACCGGUAAUUCUGACGGUACGGAUACUGACCCGUUCAUGGUGAUCAUCCCGCCCGUGGCUCAGUUCCAGUCAGAGUACACCUUUGCUACGGUGGAGCUGGUUGUCACUGGACCCGGAAGCACUCAUCACAUCAACCUGGUUGUAAGUAUUAUUAACAUAACUCCCAGUUAUGGCUUUGUAAAACCGGAGUCGUACGGCUAUCCCGGCGGGCUGCGGCUUGCCCGGAUCGCCGCCUCGUGCAGCGCCACCACCCCCGUCCCCGGAGACCGGCAGGACAACGACUGUGACGGGCGGGUGGACGAAGAGCUGCUGAACGGCAGGGAUGAUGACGGCGACGGCCUGGUCGACGAAGAUCUGGCCGUCAGUAACUGUGCUGACCACAGGGACCGGUACAGGGAGUGCUUGGUGCAGCGCUGCAGGAACCUGGCCCCUUGAACACCUGUCAAACAUAGCCGAAUCAUCAAUCAAUCAAUCAAUCAAUCAAAAAUGGUUUAUUGCUAAAAAUCACAAACAUUGCAGCAGAAAGCUGAAUUGCGUUCAAAGAUGUACAAUCAUUUUAAAAGUGUUAACAACUACACAAUAUCGGAGUCCAAUUGUCGUAGUAGAAUUGCACAUUGAACAAUAUUUACACGAUAUGACGUACAUUUAGCUUAGUGAAAUUCAAAUUUUGCUCAUCUCAUUCACAUUUGUACUUAACAUAUGAAAAUUACAUUAAACUAUUUCAUAUGAAAUUGCACAAGAUAUAUCAGAGACAUUCAGUAAUUUACAGAGUAAGAGCAAAAUCAUUUCUUUUCGUUCAACAGUCUUAAGAGGGACGGUACAGGGCUGUUGUUACAUUUUGUUGUACGUGUGACCGGGAGAGUCCGAAUAUGACCUCCA